AUGGAUGGACACGAUAAGUUUGAUGAAAGAUGUCUUCCUCCCAAAGAGAAAUUUUACAGCGGAUUAACAGGAGAAGAUAUUAGCGACAAAAAUUACGAACGUUUGGUAACGGACACGCUGAUAUUAUCCGACGUGAUCGAAAAUUUCCGAAAACAAAGUAGGAAGAUGUACGGUUUGGAUCCUCCGUGGUAUUUUACAUCCCCGGGAUUAUCGUGGGACGCAUGUCUGAAAAUGACUAGGAUAGUCUUACAACUAAUUACCAACAAAAAAAUGAACAAAUUCAUCGAAGAGGGAAUUCGCGGCGGUGUGAGUACGGCAGUGAUGCGAUACGGAGUCGCCGAUAAUAAGUACGUUGGUAUUUCGGAUAUUCCGGAAGGUGUCAUAGAAUUAAUGAAAGAAUUGGAUUUACGGAUUCGGAACGAUCCGACAGAUAUCGACGGAAAAGUUUUAGAUUUCGAAAACAGACUCUGUAAAUUUUUAUCGAAUUAUAGUCAGGAAGAGGACGAUAAGAUUAUGACAUACGUGAGUAAAAAUCUUACGAGAUGGGUAACCAAUCUUCGCAACCCAAAAACCCGACGUUCCGUCCAUAUUCAUUUCGUAUCUGGAUGCGAAUAGUCUGUACGCGUACGCCAUGAGUCAACCCUUACCUUACGGAGGCUUCGAAUGGAUGUCGGAAGAUUUACUGGAAAAUCGGGACCGACUUCCGGAGGGAAAAGGUUGUUUUCUAAAAGUGGAUUUAAAAUAUCCGAAAGAACUUCACGACUUCCACAGCGACUAUCCGCUCGCUCCCGAAAGGAUAAUGACGGAAAGCGGUACGUUAAAAUUAGCACCGAAUUUAGGAGACAAAAAAGAAUAUGUCGUCCACGCAAGGAAUUUAAAAUUUUAUCUGGAUCACAGGAUGAAAUUAACGAAGAUUCACGAGGGACUCAUGUUUUCGGAAAAACCGUGGAUGUCUGAAUAUAUUCAUAUGAACAUCGAAUUUUGUAAAAAAGCCACGACGGAUUUCGAAAAAGAUUUUUACAAACUGAUGUGUAAUGCUGUUUUUGGGAAGACAAUGGAGAACGUGAGAAACCGUACGGAUAUUUGUCUCGUCAACGACGAAAAACAAUGAAACAAGUUGGCGAGAAAACAAAAUUUCGAGAGUGCGACGAUCUUUUCGGAAGAUCUGGUUGCAUCCCACAUGAAAAAGACCGAGACUUUUUUGAACAAACCUAUUUACGUGGGAGCCGCAAUUCUAGAACUGAGCAAAUUACAUAUGUACAAAUUUUUCUACGACUAUCUCAAACCGAAAUUUGGAGAGAACGUGAGACUAAUGUACACGGAUACGGAUUCGUUCAUCUUACACGUGGGAACCGAAGACUUUUUCAAAGACAUUUCGAACGACGUGGACGAAUGGUUCGAUACGAGUAGUUUCCCAAAAUCCCAUCCAUCGAGAGUUCCGUGCAGAAAGAAUAAGAAAGUAUUGGGAAUGAUGAAAUUCGAAAUGGCCGCCAAACAGAUUAAUGAAUUUGUCGGUCUGAGAGCGAAAUUAUAUUUGUUCAAGUUGGAUGGUGACAAGGAAGAAAAGAAAGCGAAAGGAAUUAAGAAGGCCACAAUCAAGAAAACUUUAAAAUUUGAGGAUUACAAGAACUGUCUUUUUACGGGCGAGAAACAAUGGCGCGAAAUGGAUACCAUCCGUAGUCGAAAACAUAUCAUUCAUACGGAAAGGGUGAGUAAAGUCACGUUAUCCACCGACGACGACAAGAGAGUUAUUUGCGAAGAUCAAAUUCACACGUUGGCCAUCGGUUACAAAGGAGCCAGUAAGACUUGAAUUUACUGACGAAUAAAUUCAAGUAAAAUUGAAGGACGUUCUGUGGAAUCUUACGAGUAAGACUUGACAGCAACCCAAGUAAAUUUUUGAGUAUGUACUGUAGGACCUUACAAGCAAGACUUGA